GGCCACGCACUUGUUGCAGCACUAGUCCCGCGAGAGAGGGGAGCCGUGGGCGGAUAGAUGGAUGGAUGACCCUGCUGCUCCCCUCCCUACCAGCCCCAGCUGUCAGCUCCCUUCCUGACUUCCCCACCCUGCCCCCGGUACCAUGGCGUCCAGCGAGGAGGACGGCACGGUUGAGGAGAAGGAAAACAACAACAAGAAGAGAACGAAAAGCGCCCUCGCUACCGCAUGGCUCACUUUCUACAACAUCGCCAUGACCGCCGGGUGGCUGGUGUUGGCCAUGGCGAUGAUACGCUUCUACGUCCAGAAAGGCACACACAAGGGUCUGUACAGAAGUAUAGCAAGGACACUCAAGUUUUUCCAGACCUUUGCAUUAGUUGAGUUGGGACAUUGUGCCAUCGGAAUUGUGAGGACUUCUGUGAUUGUAACCGGGGUUCAAGUGUGUUCACGGAUUUUCAUGGUUUGGUUCAUCACCAACAGCAUCAGACAGAUCCAGAGCGAAGAAAGCGUAAUCCUAUUCCUGGUUGUGUGGACGAUGACAGAGAUAACCAGAUAUUCCUACUACACAUUCAACCUACUCCACCACCUGCCGUACUUCAUCAAAUGGGCCAGAUACAACCUCUUCAUCGUCUUGUACCCCCUGGGAGUCGUUGGGGAACUGCUGACCAUUUAUGCUGCUCUGCCGUUCGUACGCAGAUCUGGAAUGUACUCCAUGAGGCUCCCCAACAUCUAUAACGUGUCGUUCGACUACCACUACUGCCUCAUCAUCGUCAUGUUGUCCUACAUCCCACUGUUUCCUCAGCUCUACUUCCACAUGCUGCGGCAGAGGAGAAGGGUGCUUCACGGGGAGGUCAUAGUGGAGAAGGACGACUAGUCAAGCCACCGCCUCAUGCCUUCGUUUGAGCCAGCCUGCCUCCACAUCACCCUCACCUCCCCCACUUCAUCUCCACCUCAUCUUUUGCCGUUACAUACACCAUCGGCCGUUACAUUCUUCAUUGCACGGGACCGGAAGAGCCGCACAGAUGACGACCUGUCAGGAAGAAAGGAGUUCAUCAGAACUGAGCAAUAUUAACUGAUCCUAAGUAUUUCUUUAAAUGAUUAAUUCCUAUCUGAAUGGUAAUAUUGAAAACAUGUUUACAGUCCCAGUGUUGCUAGAGCUUGAGACAGAAGCCUGACGUUGUGUCUCAGCACAGAGUCCUUUAUUCAUCCACCAGCCUUACCACACCUUGUUGCACUGAAAAACAUGAGCCACAGCAGAGUCACAAUACUGCACCCACCUGUCUGAAGGAGAAAAAGGCAAAUGAGAGGCUUCCAGGGAAAUGUGAAAUGAAGCAUAGGAGGAAGAUUGUAAGUUGUGUCUCCUGAAGUGUCCCCACUUCAUCCCCUAAUCUACCCAAUUGUCAGUUUUAUUAUUUUUUAAGUUUAUUCCACCACAGUGAUUUUAUACAGACAGUGUGGCUGUAACAAAACAAGGUUUCAAAUGAGAGAAUAUUCAUAGUUCUAUCAUACCUCAACAAUAAACCUACAUUUAGACAAUAUGCUGCUUCUUUUGUGUAUGUUUGUUUUACCUUAUGUGUAAAUGAUGCAAUGUGAAAUGAGCGGCUAAUAAUAAGCAUAUUUCUUAAAGAUGAUUUAUUCACAUACUGUUACACUUAGAGCAAGCACAGCUCAAACUUAACAUUUUGUCUGCUUGGCUCAGCUCCUACAUUAUUUUAUGUUGCUUUGAUGUUUACUAUGUCAAAUUAAUUUACAAGUGUGCAUCUUAAACAAAAUUAAGUCAAAAAGUAGUAGCUUUUUCUAUAGACCACAAUUAAAAUUUGUGUGUGCACUGACAGUCUUCAGUCGCUGUUGUUUGUUUUUUAACAUAAAGAAUCUCAUGUCCAUGUUGAUAGAAAGGUAGUUAGAUUCCCUCCUACUUACGGUGCUAUUUUAAGAUCAUUUCAAUCUUCUGUGCAGCUGAAGAUGUAAAAUGAUUGAGAAGAAAUGUUAGUCAAUGAACUGCAUGGUUAUCUAAGAAAAUCCACAUUUUUUGCUUAUAAUCUGGAUUGGAGGAGAAAAAACAAUAAAAGCCAAUGUCACAUCACUGGAGAAGUUAUUUUUCAAGAACAAACAAUAGAAAUGUGAAAAUACCUUUUUGUGCAAAAUCAAUAAACUAAAUUCUACAAUA